UUAUACAAUCGCAUCAGGUGUUAGAUCACGACCAUGACCUAGGCUAAAGUGGAAAAGGGUUGUGUUUGUUGUUUAUCUUUAUACACUCAGUGUUAGGGUAGGCCUAGUCAUGUUUGGUGCUUUCAGCAAGACAUAUUGCAACUUUGUACGUUCAAGUAUUUUUAAUCAGCAGUUUCCUAUUCCUCUUAUUCAGCAUUCCACGUGCAAUAUUGGACAUCAGACUAGGCCUACUACUACUACUAGGCCUAACCCUGACAAACAAGAUGUUGACGUCGAGGAGUUAAAUUACGACGACUUGAAUUUAGACAGCAGUUUUCCAAAAUAUCGAUUGAAAGAAGUGCUUCCAUUCUCUGCGUUCCUUACGGAUUCAUUUGGCAGAAAACACAACUACCUUAGGAUUUCACUUACAGAAAAAUGCAAUCUAAGAUGUCAAUAUUGCAUGCCAGCUGAGGGGGUAACGUUAUCUCCAAAAGACCAUCUUCUAUCUACAGAUGAAAUAACCAAGAUUUCACGGCUCUUUGUUAGCCAAGGAGUGAACAAAAUACGGCUAACAGGCGGUGAACCAUUGGUUAGGCCCGAUAUUAUAAAAAUUGUUGAAAAUUUAGGUGAAUUUGAUGGUUUAGAGCAAAUCGCAAUGACAACGAAUGGCAUUGCUUUACCUCGUAAGCUACCUGCUCUGAAAGCUGCCGGACUAACCCAUCUCAACAUCAGUUUAGACACGUUGAACCCUGCUAAGUUUGAGUUUAUCACACGGAGGAAAGGUUGGCAUCAUGCUAUGAAAGCAAUUGAUACAGCAAUUGAGCUUGGGUACACGCCUCUGAAAAUUAACUGUGUCGUGAUGAGAGGUUUAAAUGAAGAUGAAAUUGAAGACUUUGUACAGUUGACAGAAAGCAAAGCGAUAGAUAUUAGGUUUAUUGAAUAUAUGCCUUUUGAUGGCAACAGAUGGAACAAUAACAAGGUUGUCCCAAUGAAAGAAAUGGUAGAAAUUAUUGAAAGAAAGUGGCCUGAUCUGCAACGCAUCUCAGACCAACCAAAUGAUACCUCAAAAGCAUACAAAGUUCCAGGGUUUAAAGGUCAAGUAGGAUUCAUAGCCUCCAUGAGCCAGCCAUUUUGCGGUACAUGCAACAGAUUGAGGUUGACGGCUGAUGGUAAUUUAAAGGUUUGUCUAUUUGGAAAUUCUGAAGUGUCCUUAAGAGAUAUUUUACGAUCAGGGGCCACUGAAGAUGAACUCUUAGAUGUAAUCGGAGCUGCAGUUGGAAGAAAGAAAAAGCAACAUGCAGGAAUGUUCAAGUUGGCGAAGAUGAAGAACAGGCCGAUGAUUCUUAUUGGCAAAGAUUAUCAAUCAAAUAUAUUAAUGACUUAUAAUAAAGGGAAUCAUCUACCAAUGAAGAUUGUAUUAUCUAAAUGGAAAAGAACAAGCGAUAUUCAAUGUUGUAGUUUAAACUUUCAGCUAAAUGGUAAAAAGCUAAAAAUGGUAACAGAUCAGAAACUAAAAGGGAAGUAUGGUGCAAACAGUAUUACCAGACAUGCUUGCGUCCAUGCAAGUUACCCUCCGAAAGAAAAUGUAGUACCCUUAAAAUCAGUGCUAAGAAAUUUAAGUUUUUUAAGAAGUUCAAGAAUGCAUUUUAAUUAUGCAUCAUGUGCAUUUAGUACAGGGCAGGGGGAAGAUGACCCAGAGGUCAGUCUUACUCACGUUGAUAACCAGGGUAAGGCCAAAAUGGUUGACGUAUCAGCCAAAGCCACCACACAGCGUGUUGCAACUGCAAGUGGACAAAUACGAUUAGGAAAACUAGCGUAUAAUUUACUUAAAGACAACAAGCUGGCGAAGGGGGAUGUGUUAACAGUUGCAGAAGUGGCUGGUAUAAUGGCGGCUAAGAACACAAGUAGUUUGAUUCCCUUGUGUCACAAUAUUCCACUCACAAAAGUGGCGGUGAAUUUUCAACUCGACGAUGAUACGCAAUGUGUUGCGGUUGAGGCGACGGUUAAAACGACUGGUUUAACAGGGGUGGAGAUGGAGGCUCUUGUUGCAGUUUCCGUCGCAGCGCUUACAGUUUAUGACAUGUGCAAAGCUGUGACGCAUGAUAUCCAAAUUGGCGAUAUCAAAUUAAAGCAUAAAAGUGGAGGAAAGAGAGAGUUUAUCCGUUGAAUUAAAAUUUUGAUGUUAUUUUAUUCCGGCGUCAACCAAAUGGCCUAAAAAACAUGAAAGGAUAAAACAAAGUGAAGAAAAAAAAAUGAUGCAAGCCAUCGCCAAUAUUUAGAACACUGAAUCGCAGUGGAUUAUAUUUAUGGUCGGCAACCCAUGGGUCGCGGACAAAAUGCAAAGGGUCCUCAGGUCACAUCAAGUGCUUAUGGAGAAUUUGAUUUCUUUAAAAAAACUUCAGCAGUUUUCUGGUAUAAAGACAAUCGUAAUGGCAGGGUUCUUGAUGCUGUUCUCCAAAACAAAUGUUGUGAGACAAUACACAGUAUAUAUUGGCUGUAUAUUCUGGUGUUUUGAGACAUUUCUAAGGAGUGGGGUAACUGUAGGCUUUGGGUCGUGGGAUGCUAAAGGCGAUUUAUGUUUGGUGCUGGGUGUAUAGGUUUACAUCACUUCCUUGAAGGUUUUUUCAUGCUCUAAUAUUUCAUAUUUAUUUAUGGACUUACAGGAUGAAACCCUGAGUAUUCAAGACAAAAUCGAGCAAACAAUGAUCAAUUUCAUGAUCACAUUUUAAAACAAAACCUUAUCCUGUACUAUGGAUGUACCAUAAUUGAUGACUGGAUGGCCAACCAAUUUGGUUCAUUCUUGAGACAAUCAUAGAGAAUUCUAAAUUAUUUACUGUUCAUUUUCUCUGGAUAAAUAUUAAUGCAUUUUAAUAAAUUGUUAUAAUUUUUACAGUAUAAACAAACUGUUCAUGAUAUUGUACUCUAUGCAAGUUCUUGGUAUGUAUUGAUUGAAUUUAUUUGGUACAGUACUGUAUACCUCAGUUGGUGCUGCAAUAUUAUUGUAGAUUAUUCAACAAUAACAGCGGAGAUAAAUUAUAUAUUGUAGGAUCAGAGUUUUUAUGAGGCUUUUAUCUUGUAUUUUAUAGUAUAUUUUAUUUCUUUGCAAUUUUUUUCCUGUUCUGUAAUUACUGUGUCAUAUAUUUAAUUGAAUAGCAUUUUUGAAAUUUUAUUAAUAAUUAGUGAACAUAUAAGGUUCAAUGUUAGAGAAUACUGUAAUUAAAUGAAUAACAGACCUGAAAAGAUGACAUUUUUAAUAUAAUUGAAAUGUACUGCAAUAUAAUACUUCAAAUUAUAGAUUCAUUAUGAAGGCAAUGUUCAGCCCUCUUGUCACUCCUAUCUGCACUGCUGACAAAUGUACUAGCAUAGAUGGAUUCAAGGGGGCGAGAAGUUGGCCAGUUCCAUCCUUUUAGAAUUUCCAGACAUGAAACUUCAACUGGAUUCACGGUGAGGCUGAGGUGGACUGAACCCUCUGUAAAAUUGAUCCCCACUAUUUUCUGGAUCUGCCAUUGAAUAGUUUGGUGUAAUAAUUUGUAAUGGUAAUGAUAUUGUUAUUAAAAUUAUAUAGAUAA